CUUAUCAUCGCGCCAUUUCCAACCAUUUUUCUAACCACAUUCACUACUUUUAAAUGUUUAACAAGCUCAACCUGUUAUCAGAAAAAUAAUAAUUUUUACUUAACAGAUGCUUUUUAUUCGGUAUCUUUUACUGAAAUUUAACCACGAGGUGGAAUAUGAGUGCAAGUAAAAGUAGACGAAGUCAAAAUGAUGAAGUACAAGAAAGAAACAUGGGACCACAUGCUGGACGUUCCGGAGAAGAAAAUAUGCAGUCAUCAGAUAGUGAUGAGAUCAGUGUUAUUGAGGAGAAUCAAAUAAAUAGAAACAAAAAGGUGAAGAAAACAGCAAGAAAAGUUAAAAGUAACGAAGAUGAGAUACUAGAGAGAACAUUGAGAGAGUCUGGAAUAGAUUUUACAGAUAUGACCAGGGAAGAAAAAGUUAAUAUUGCUCAAGUUAUAAUGAUGUCUAAAGAGGAGGCUGAGAUCCACAGUCAGUCAUUUGGUGAUGAAUCAAGGAACUAUUCAGAUUCUGAAGAAGAAAAACAAAAUACUGAUGCAUUCAUGCAAGCAGUUCAUCCAAAACAAAGUAGAGCGGUUGCUCAAGAGUCAGUUAUCCCAGAGAGCCAAAAUGAUUAUAUAUACAAUCAGGAAACACAAGAAAACCAGUCAGAUAUAUAUAAUCAAGGAACACAAGAAAAUCAAUCAAAUAACAACACAAAAUCUUAUGAUCCUUACAUGGACCAGUCAACAGUUGAUAUUCAACCAACUUUAGAUGCAGCCACUGGAAGGUUUAAUAUUUCAGAGCAUGCAUCACCAGUGAACAGUCAGUUAGAUCCAGUCUCUGAGGUGGUUUUGCACUUAAGCCAACAAACUUCAUCAGCAUUUGAGGAAGCCGUACAUCCACCAUCUCCUAUCGAUGUAGAUAUGAUGGAGGAAAAUCCAGUACCAAAAGAGAUUGAGAAACAGAAAAAUACCUUAAGUGUUAAACCGAUACAGCAGAAACAGCUUAAAAAGCAACAUAUGCCCAGAAAGAUUGACAAAAACCAGCCUAGAAUAGAUAAUUUCUCCCAUGUUGUUAUUACUGAUGAGAAGCAGGAUAUAAUUGAUAAUCAGGAAAUCCAAGCUGUGAUCAGUGAAGAUGACUCCUCACAAGAAAGAAAGAAAACCAGAGUUUUUAAAAAGACUCCAUCAGCCAUUAGAGAUGAUAUAAGUGACACUGAAUCUCUAUCUCUGAAGGAAGUAGUUGAUGCCAAGAAGAAGUUUACACUAGCACACCCGAAGGAAGAAGUAGAUGCCAGAAGGAAUUUUACUCGAGCACAGCUGAAGGAGCUGAUAAGUGAAGAUGAGGAUUCUCCAGUCAAAAGAGUUGUCACACAAGUUGAAGAUUCACCAGUUAAACGAGUUGUCAAAUCUGCAAAGAAAGCAUUUGAAUGGAAUGAUUCUGAUGAAGAAACACAAGAUCUUUUUACCAUAAAGCAGGAGGAUGUUGGAAGUGGAGAGGACAAACAAAACAUAUCACCUAGAGCAAAUGCAAGCAAUACUGUUAAUGAUGAUCUUGUAGCUGAUUUAAUAGUCAAGGAUGAACCUGUUACAGAAGAGUUUUAUAAGUUUCCUUCUCUGAAAAGACAUUACAGAAAUGUCAAGAAAAGAGAAGAGUCAACACCAACCUUAUUUGCACCUUUAGACAGUAAUCCUAAAGACUACACUAAAGCAAUUCUGCAGUUAUUUACACUUUACCAUAACAGACUUGCUCGAUUACAAAAAAUAUCAAAAAAUUGCGUAAAAUGGUCAAAAGAACCGGUCAGAGUUGGAUUUCAUCUAGACAAUACUAUUGACGCCAGAAAGCGAGGGUUGAAUUAUGACUUCCUCGAUGAUCAGAUGCUUCAACAUCUGUCAUACCAAUUGUUGUAG